AUGAAGCCCCUUGCUAUUCUCUCCGCUUUCUUCACUUUCACAGCGAGAGCUCUCGCGGCUGGCAGAACCACUCCUCCGGCUGGCGCACUUGUUGUUGGUUCUGGACAUUAUGCAACGAUUCAAGCGGCUGUAAAUGCGCUUAAGUCGACAUCUCAAGAACAAAUCAUUUUCAUCAACCCUGGUACCUACAACGAGCAGGUUACAAUUAAUAAGCUCACCGGACCGCUCACCAUAUAUGGCUAUACUCAAAACACGGCAUCAUACUCCUCGAAUGUCGUUACAAUUACCUCAGCUCACAGUUUAGCAAAUGAGCCAAACGAUGACAGCACAGGUACACUGAGAGUCGAGACAACAAAUUUCAAGCUAUAUAACGUAAAUGUUGUCAACUCAUAUGGCAGCGGCAGUCAGGCCCUGGCAUUGAGCGCUAACGCUGGGAACCAAGGAUAUUACGCAUGUUCUUUCAGAGGCUUUCAAGAUACCGUGCUUGCAGAAACCGGCGCCCAGCUCUAUUCAGCUUGCUACAUUGAAGGCGCCACAGAUUUUAUCUUUGGCCAAUCAGCCAAUGCCUGGUUUGAGAAGUGCACUAUUGGAGUACUCCCCGCGUCUAUCGGAUAUGUCACGGCGUCUGGGCGUUCAUCGGAUACGUCUAGUUAUUAUGUGUUCAAUAAAGCCACAAUCGCAGCCGCUCCCGGCAAGACUGUGACAAGUGGAGCAUAUUAUUUGGGAAGGCCAUGGGGAGAUUAUGCGAGGGUCGCUUUCCAGUCCUCUUCCUUAAGCAGCGUGAUUAACGGCGCCGGAUGGCAUAUUUGGAACACAGGAGACGAGAGAACUGAUCAUGUCUCUUUUGGCGAAUACGGUAACUCGGGAGCUGGAGCAUCAGGUACUAGAGCGUCGUUCGCUACGAAGCUGAGCAGCCCAUUGGCGAUUGGAAGCAUUUUAGGUAGCAGCUAUGCUUCACAGCACUACGUAGAUACGUCGUAUCUUUGAACUAGCUAGCAAUUGAAUAGAGGCAUUAAGCUGC